AUGAACAAUAGUAUUGAAUUCAAUUUAAAUGUUAUUGAAUUAAUCAAUAAUCAAACAUGUUUAUUAUUUAUAAAAACAUUUUAUGAUUUACCAUCUACAUAUCAAAUGAAUCCAAAUAUUUAUUCCAUUAUAAAAUCAUUACAUUAUUAUGAUCAUUAUUAUGAUUUAUUACAAUGGAAUAUUAUUAUACCAAUUAUUAUUGUAUAUUAA